AAACAGGAAAACCCGUUGCAUUUAUUAAAGAUUCUGAUUAUACAAUAAUUAAAAAUGUCGAUAUGUACUGUGAAAUUUCUUUAGACCGACCUGGCAGUUACCAUUAUUAUUUUAAAUUUAAUAAAUCAAUCGAGCUUGAUGGGUCAGGAUAUUUUUGCAAAGAUCCAAUUAUACAAUUAGGUUUAUAUGAUAAUAGUAUUACAUUACAACCAGAUGCAGUAAGAUGCCAAACUGUACUUGUGAAAUGUUUGGGACAAAUCGAUACUUGGGAAUCUAAGCUUAGAGUAGCUAAAGAAUCUGGUUACAAUAUGAUUCACUUCACUCCGAUUCAAAUGCUGGGCGGAUCGAGGUCUAGUUAUAGCAUCAGCGAUCAAUUGAAAUUAAAUACUGCCAUUGGUUCAGAUAUUGAAAAUUUACAAUUAUUUUUAUCAAAACUUUCAAAUGAUUGGAAGAUGGCUUUUGUUUGCGAUAUUGUUCUUAAUCAUACAGCUAAUGAAAGUCAAUGGUUGCAAGAACAUCCUGAAUGUUCUUAUAAUUGUAAAAAUUCACCACAUUUAAGACCAGCUGCUUUAUUAGAUUUUUUAUUAUUUAAAAUCGGUGAAGAUGUGUCUAAUGGUGCCUUAGAACCUUAUGGUAUAUUUGAAAACAGAUUUAUUGAAAAUACUCUAGAGAUAUUGAGCAAAAUUAUUUUUGAAAAAUACUUGCCAAAGUUAAAGCUAUGGGAAUUCUAUCAAUUAAAUGUUGAAGUCCUAAGUGACAAAUUUCAAGAACUUCUCAGAAAUAAUACAGUCAGAAAAUAUAAAAAAUGUGAUCACAAUGACUUAAAAAUUAUACAGGAUACCGAGUUCAAACGUUUAUCGUCAACUAUAGAUCUAGAAAAAGCAAUAGCUGUCUUUUCAAUCGUUAAAAGUAAUGAUAACAAUUAUGACAAAGAUGAUAUCACAGAAUCAGUAAAUAAAUUUAAACAAUUUAUUAUCGGUCUGAAUGCUAACAUUCGUGAUGAAAUACAAUCUCUUUUGAUAUCAGCUGUUGAUAAUGUUAUUGCAGGAGUAAGAUAUGAAAGAGUUCAAGAAAAUGGUCCGAAAUAUAAAAUAAUAAAUGAGAAAUACCCGUUAUUUCCAAGAUAUUUUACAGAUUUUAGUAAAGAUGUAAAUACAUUAGAAGAAGCAGAAAAUGUUAUUUUUUCUGAAGAGGGUGCAUUUAUCAUGGCACAUAAUGGUUGGGUGAUGAACUCGGAUCCUUUAAUUGAUUUUGCUGAAUUUCAAAGUGGUUUUAAUAAUGUAUAUCUUAGAAGAGAACUUAUUUCUUGGGGAGAUUGUAUAAAAUUAAGGUAUGGCGAAAAACCCGAAGACAAUCCAUAUUUAUGGAAUCAUAUGAAGAAUUAUGUGGAACAAACUGUGAAAAUAUUUCAUGGAGUGCGGCUAGAUAAUUGUCAUUCAACACCAUUACAUGUUGCUGAAUAUUUAUUAGAUAGUGCCAGGAAAAUAAAUCCAAAUCUUUAUGUCAUGGCCGAACUCUUUACUAAUUCUGAUGAAAAAGAUAAUAUAUUUGUUAACAGAUUGGGCAUCACUUCUCUAAUUAGAGAAGCGCAAUCAGCUUGGAAUUCCCAUGAAGAAGGACGUUUAGUUUAUCGGUAUGGUGGUGAACCAGUAGGUUCUUUCCAAAAAUAUGACAAUAUUCUAACUCCUGUAAUUGCUAAUGCAUUAUUCAUGGAUCUUACACAUGAUAAUCCAUCACCAAUUUCUAAGAGAUCCGUUUACGAUUUUAUUCCAACAUCUGCCCUGGUAUCUAUGGCUUGUUGUGGGACUGGAAGUAAUAGAGGAUAUGAUGAACUAGUGCCGCAUCAUAUACAUGUUGUUAAUGAAGAACGAGAAUAUGCAUCAUGGGAUGAGACAUUUUGCAAUACAGGGAUAAUUUCUGCUAAAAAGUGUUUAAAUGAACUACAUGGAUACCUCUCUGAAUUUGGAUUUUCAGAGGUAGCUCACUAUUUUGUUUAUGUAGAUCAAAUGACCGAGCAUAUAGUAGCAGUUACUAGACAUAAUCCAAAAACGCACGAAAGUAUUAUUUUAGUCGCUUACACAUGCUUUCAACUACCAAACAAUGAUUGGCCUUUUUCUACUCCUAAUAUACGUCCACUCAAAUUUGAAGGCCAUUUUGAAGAAAUCUUAUUUGAAAUUGAGUUUAAUGAAAAUUUAAAUGAACCUAAUUCUUAUUCUUUAGAUAGCAAGAUCAUUAACGGAUUAAAUAAUUAUAAAGUUGACAUUAAAACAAAUAUUAAUAUAGAUAAAUCUGGAAUGCUUGAAGAUGCAUCAACAGAAAAUAAUAAACAAUUUAAUUUUAGAAAAUUCAAGCCAGGAUCAGUAUUAGCUAUAAGAGUAUCAUUAGAAGAAGAGUCCAAAAAAUCAAUAAACGAAAUAAAAAAAUCUUUGAAUGUUAUUGAUGAUAUAAAUUCAAAUGAGGUUAUCCAAAUAAGGACUUUAAUAAAAUCUAUGCUAGAAAAAAUUAAUUUAAACCAUUGUAAUGAAAUUUUAUUCAAGUCUGAUAAAGAAGAAAGAGAUAAUAGUGAUAAAGGAGUUUAUGUGAUACCUAAUUUAGGACCAUUAGUUUAUUGUGGUCUACAAGGUUUUAUUUCUAUACUUGACGAUAUAAGUAAAAAUAAUGACUUAGGGCAUCCCAUGUGUUCUAAUCUUAGAGAUGGAAAUUGGAUGUUAGAUUAUAUUUGGCAACGUAUAAAAACGAAAAAUGGAUUAUUGGCAAUGAAAUUUUGGAUGAAACAACUUUUUGACCCUUUGAAAUGUAUACCGAGGUAUUUAGUACCAAAGUAUUUUGAUAGAAUAGUCCGUAGUGUAUAUAAUUUGAUCAAGAAUCAUAGUUUAAGCUUAAUGUCACAAUUCAUACAAAACGGAGAUACAUUCAUAAAACAUUUAGGUCUCAGUUCUUUACAAUUUAUGUCAGUUUGUCCUUCGGCAAAAUUGCCUCCAUUUAGUCCAAAUCUACAUAAAGUAAUUGAUAACACUAAAUGUGCAACUCUUUCAGCGGGGCUUCCUCAUUUUGCUACCGAUUAUAUGAGAUGCUGGGGUAGAGAUACUUUUAUAAGCCUUAGAGGUCUAUUGUUACUAACCGGGCGUUUCGAUGAAGCUUUAGAAUUAAUAUUAGGAUUUGCAGCCUGCUUAAGGCAUGGUUUGAUACCAAAUCUUUUAAGUGGAGGUUACAACGCAAGAUAUAAUUGCCGCGAUGCGAUUUGGUGGUGGUUGGAAUGUAUCAAAUCGUAUGUGAAUUUGGUUCCUGAUGGUUCCAAAAUUUUAAAUUAUAUGGUAUUACGUCUAUACCCACAAGAUGAUUCUGAAGCAAAUCAAGCAGAAGUGGAUCAACCACUAUAUGAAGUAAUGCAAGAAUCAUUGGAAAAACAUUUUAAAGGCUUAAAGUUUCGUGAACGAAAUGCAGGACGGCAGAUAGAUGAACACAUGACUGAUAAAGGUUUUGAUAAUGAAAUCGGCGUAAAUAUACAAACAGGUUUUGUUUUCGGUGGUAAUGAGUGGAAUUGUGGAACUUGGAUGGAUAAAAUGGGAUCUAGUGCUAAGGCUUGCACCAAAGGCAUACCAGCUACACCAAGGGAUGGCAGUGCUGUUGAAAUCGUUGCUUUGAGUUAUAGCGUGAUCACUUGGCUUUCUGAAUGUUUUGAAAAUAAGAUUUAUCCUUACGAAGGCGUUACAAAUAUAACAGGAAACGACGACGAGGUGAUCAAAUGGAGUUUCAAAGAAUGGUCUAAUAAAAUUAAGAUGAAUUUUGAAGAAAGUUUUUAUAUAGAUAAGCAUGAUGAAUAUGUGAACCAGCUAAACAUAUAUAAAGAUACUGUAGGAGCAUCAAAACGUUGGCCUGAUUAUCAAAUGCGUUGCAAUUUUCCAGUUGCUAUGGCUAUUGCUCCGGAUCUGUUUAAUACUCAAAAUGCUUGGAAAGCAUUAGAAAAAGUGAAAAGCAUUUUAUUAGGACCUCUUGGUAUGAAAACUUUGGAUCCAUCAGAUUGGGCUUACAGGCCAAACUAUGACAAUUCUAAUGAUUCAGAAGAUUCAGCAAUAGCUCAUGGCUUCAACUAUCACCAAGGACCAGAAUGGUUAUGGCCAAUAGGCUUCUAUAUUAGAGCACGUUUACAUUUUGCUAGCAAAAUCCAAUGCUUGGAUGAUACAUUAUUGGAAGUUAGCGGGUUAUUAUCAAAACAUUUGACUGAAAUUGAAACAAAUCACUGGAGAGGUCUUCCAGAAUUAACAAAUGAAAAUGGGUCGAUCUGUACGCAUUCAUGUGCUACUCAAGCAUGGAGUGUUGCAACUAUAUUAGAGGCUCUUUAUGAUAUUGAAGAAUAUGAGAAGUGUACAGAAAAUUAGAAUAAUUGAAAUUUUAAAUACAUAUAUUUGAACUAUUUUUGUAUUUUUAUAUUUGAUGAUAAUAAAAAC